UUUACUAUUGGUAACUUUUAUUGGUAACCAAUUCUGCAGGCCAACCACAUCUCUGGCAGAUUGGUAAACCAGAUUUUUUCGUUUAUUAGUGUCACCCCCAAGAUGGCUACCUGGACCGUUCCUGCUAGCAUGAGUGAAGUUUCCUCACUAAUUAAAAUAUUUUGAAGAUGGCACUAAAUAAAUUUAUGCAUCCAAGAAAUCCAUAUAAAGAAAAGGCUCCUAACUUUAAAGCCCUCUCACUCAAAUAUCCAGAGUUUGCCAAAUGUGUUUUUCAAGAUUUGAAAGGAAAAUGUCACUUGGAUUACAAAAGUCCGACAUCUCUAAGACAAUUGGCCAUAGCACUUUUGAAGGAGGAUUUUGAUCUGGAUGUUGAAAUGCCUUUGAACAGACUGAUUCCUACUAUUCCAUUAAGAUUAAACUAUAUUUUGUGGAUUGAGGAUAUUCUGAAAGAACUGGCACAAGUCAAAGGAAGGGGCAUUGAUAUAGGCACUGGAGCUAGCUGUGUGUAUCCAUUGCUCGGCUGUAAGAAAAAUGACUGGAGUUUUCUAGCAUCUGAGGUGGACGAGACAAAUUUUACCAUGGCUGAGAAAAAUGUACAGAGAAACAACAUGGAAAACAAAAUAAAAGUUAAAAAGGUUUCUGGUGAAACUGCUCUUCUGGAGCUGUUAGAAGACGAGACUGGUGAUUACGACUUCUGUAUGUGUAACCCUCCGUUCUUUGCUGAUCACAUGGAGGCCCAGGCAAUCACUUCCUCCCGGACGGACGACAGGGCUGAGCCAACAUCCGUCAACACGGCCAGUGUGGGAGAAAGCAUCACAGAGGGCGGCGAAGUGGAGUUUAUAAGAAAAAUCAUCGUAGAGUCGGUGAAACUUCAGGACAGAAUCAAAAUUUUUACCAGCAUGGUUGGGAAGAAGACAAAUUUACCUUGUGUAAAAAAGGAUCUCCAAGAUCACAAGAUCCCAAAUUACCAGUCCACAGAAUUUUGUCAAGGGAAGACAAUGAGAUGGGGAAUAGCAUGGACCUUUGACACAAAUCUUUCAUUUCCUAGGUCACUAUUUCAAGAAAGCAAGAAGAACAAGAAGCUCUCUGCUCCGUUGACCUACACCGUCCCUCAGUCUGCUGUUGAUGUCUACGAUGUGGAGCAUGUAGCGGACAAACUGAUGGGGAUACUCAAGUCAUUAGAGAUCGAAUACACUAAGUCUGAUGACAGCAAGGCCAAAAGAAUUCAUCUGAAACUGACAGCUUACAAGAAUACAUGGUCCCACCAGCGACGGAAACGAAGGGAAAUGAAACGUCAGAAGGAAGAGCUUAAAGCUGUGUGCACAGGGAGAAAGGAGAUAGGGACAGAAGAACAGGAUGAUGACAAUGGAAAAAACAAAAAUGUGCAAGAAAUUAACGUUGAUGAUCCAAGUAAUAAACAAAUUAAUUUAAAACGAAAAGAAGCCCCAAGUAGUGAUGAACAUUCACCUAAAAAACAGAAAGUAGAGGAAAGUUUAAUACCCAGUGAUAGUGAUCAAGGUGCUUUAAAACGAAAGGGUGCACCAGGUACUGAAGAACAUUCCUCUAAAAAAAUGAAAGUGGGGGAAAGUUUAAUUCCAGAUGGCAUUAAUUCAAAAAAUCCAAGUGAUCAAAGUGGUUUAAAACGAAAAGGUGCUCCUACUACUGAAGAGCAUGCAGAUAAAAGACAGAAAGUGAAGGAGACAAUAGGUAAUUCUGAUAGAGAGAAAAAGUUGAGAGAAAGCAAAAUGACAGAGAAUCAGGACAACACAACAACCAAGUCAGAGGAAGCAUGGAAACCUAGAACAUCUGAUAGUCCUGUGGCUACAUCCGAUAGUCCUGUAAAGGCUAGAACAUCCGAUAGUCCUGUAAAGGAAGGAGAUACAGAUGUGUUCCUCAUAAAAUGUGACUUAUUCAUAACAGAAACAGAGAAAGUGCACAUUGAGAUGGUGUAUGCAGAAGGUCAAAAAGACCAAAUGAAUCAGAUAUUGCAGUACAUAAAGAACCACAUAGCAUUGCCAUAA